CAGUAAAUUAAAGUAAAUUUUGAAAUUCACAUACAUGCUUUUACAUAUACAUACAUUCUCUCUUUCUUUAGAGUUUAGAGUUAGACAUAAAUUUAGUAUUCUCUCUCAAACUUUUUUUUUUCCUUUUACAAUUAUAAUUUCUUUUCCUAUCAUUUCUGCCCUUUACAUAAUGAAAAUGGAAGAUUCCCAAUCAUCCCCUCCACUCUGUAGGAAACAGACAUAAUUGCCCCCAACAACCAAUCCUUUUCGCUUAUAUAGAAACCUGCACUCUUUAAGCUAUUUAUUUCCCUUUCAUCUUCUCCUUCUCUGCAAAACUCCCUAACCCACCUUUCAAUCAAUAUUUAUAUUCACAAAUAUAUAUACACAUAUCCAUCAAUCUUUAUCAGCCUUUUUUUCUUCUUCCCAUGAUGAGUCAUUCUUCUUCAUCCACUUCUGUCAAUGGCUUCUACAACUUCCUCACCAGAGGCAUCGACGACCUCGAUCGCAUGUUUCUGUCGCAGGAUUUCAUGUCUUUCCAGUUUCUCCAGCAUGUCUUGUCGUCCCUCCGGUCUUUUCACUCCCAAUUGAUUAGUCUGGUUCAGAAACUCCGGCUCCCCGUCGGCGAUAAAUGGCUGGAUGAGUAUAUGGAUGAGAGCUCCAGGUUGUGGGAGGCCUGCCAUGUUCUCAAAUCUGCAGUUUCUAGCAUGGAGAAUUAUCACUCCGCCGGCGCUAAUCUCGCUUCGAGCCUCGACGAUCACCGCAUUCUUAACCUCCAGCUUUCUCGACAGGUUUUGAGGGUGAUCAAUGGGUGCCAGAGGGAGAUAGUGGUAUUGGAGGAGGAGAACAAGAGCCUAAUGGAGAAUAGAGUGCAGGGAUUAUCGCUAAGAUUCGACGAAAACGUGUUGAUGAUAGAAUCCAAGUUCAACGGCUUCAGCGGAUUUCGCGGCGUGCUGUACGCGAUGAGGAACGUCAGUUCGUUGUUGCUUUUGAUUUUGAUCAGCGGCCUGGUGUACUGCUGGCCGGAAACGACGUUGGCGUACGAGGGGAACAUGGUUUUCGGGUCGUCGUUCAUGGUGUCGGCGGCGAGGCUGCACCAGAGAGUGGCGGCGGAGAUGAGGCACAGCGGCAGCGGCGGGAUCCUGGCGCACGAGUUCCGGCGAGCCCGGGCGGCGAUGGAGGAGGUGAAAGCGGAAAUGGAGCGCGGCGGGGUGGAGUAUGAAUCGGGGGAAGUGAUGAGCAUCCAUGAGGAGAAGAUCGAGAGCUUGAAAGAUUGCUUUGGAAUGUUGAAAUGUGGGGCAGAAAGCAUAAUUGGGCAACUUGAUGACUUCUUUGAUGAAAUAGUAGAAGGCAGAAAGAUGCUUUUGGACAUGUGCACUCACCGCUAGAAACCCAAACAAAAAAGCAAAGAGGGAUUCUCAUUGCAUUGCAUUUCAUUGCAGGCAGCCAUAGUUGGUAGACAGACAAGAAGAGGUGAAGUAUAAGGAAUCACUUGGGUGGGGGAAGUAGGGGGUGGGGUGGGGUAGUUGUUUUUUUCUUUUUUUUUUUCGAGUGACGAAGAAACCUGUUGCUACUACUGUCCGAGGGUCUGCAGUGAGUAAACUCGUCGAAUGUUCGAAGAUUCGAGAGUCUGCAAUGAGUAAACUUGUUGAAUGACAAGAAAACCUGCCAUCACUGUGCGAGGGUCUGUGAUGGUUAGUGGGUAAACUCGCCAAAUGACAAAAAAACCCUCAAUCACUACCUGAGAGUGUUCAGGGGUAAACUUUGUAUUAUGACCUGACUGGCAAAGGAGGUGGGGUAGUAGUUUUCAUUAGACUUUCCCAAGUCUUAACCAAAUGUUAUUUCUUUUUUCUUUAUUUUUCCCACUUAUGUACUUACAAAAUCAUGUCCUUUUCCUUGUGAAAGCUUUGUGUUUUCCACUUAA